GACUAUUGGGAAGAAGAUGAUUUGGCAAAUUCAUGGAUAAACCCUAGCAUAGUAUUCAAACCAUGGCAGCGUUUCACCUUCUUCCUCCACCUCAAAGAUCUUACCAAAUCCUUUUCAACCCUAUCAAACUCACUUGCCUCUCUUCUACAUUCCAUCUUCAAAAACCCCAAAACCCAAAACCGCUCAGAGCUGCCAUUAGCACACAGGAUGGAGCUCUUGAUACAACGAAGCCAACUCGCAGGGGCCGACAGAAAGGCACCACCACUUCCUCUUCUUCCCAAACAACGAGACCAAAGCGUUCGCCAAAAAAGAAUCAAACUGAAGCUGAAGUGGAGAUCACAAAACAAGAACCAGCUGAGCACUCUGAUGACAAUAACGAUGAGAUUGAUUUUCCAUACGAUGACCCUCCGCUGAUCUGUUGCUUCGGUGCCGCACAGAAGGAGUUUGUACCUACGGUACGGGUGUCGGAGCACCAGAUGCACCCGGACAUUUAUUCGGAGUGGAAGAUGCUGCAAUGGGACCCGCCGGAGUUCGUGAGGGCUCCUGGUGGGCCGCCUUCAAAUGUAGCAAUAUCGCAUGUCAGAUUAGGAGGGAGAGCAGCCUUCAUGGGGAAGGUUGGGCGGGAUGAGUUUGGGGAGGAGUUGGUUUUGACCAUGAAUAAGGAGAAAGUGCAGACACGAGCUGUUAAAUUUGAUUCAAAUGCGAGGACCGGGUGUUCGUAUAUGAGAAUUAAGUUUGAGAAUGGGAAGAUGAUGAUGGAAACAGUGAAAGAGUCGCCAGAGGAUUCUCUCCUCAGCUCUGAACUCAACAUUGCCGUGCUCAAAGAGGCCAGGAUUUUCCACUUUAAUUCAGAGGUUCUAACAUCGCCUUCUAUGCAUUCAUCUCUUUUUGGAGCAAUUGAAUUGUCUAAAAAGCAUGGUGGGCUUGUAUUUUUCGAUUUGAAUUUGCCCUUACCUCUGUGGAGAUCCCGUGAUGAAACAAGAAAAUUGAUUGAGAAAGCCUGGAACCAGGCAGACAUCAUUGAGGUGAGCAAACAAGAGCUAGAGUUUCUUUUAGACGAAGAUUAUUAUGAGAUGAGGAGAAACUACCGGCCUCAAUAUUACUCUGAUAGUUAUGAACAAACCAAGAACCGAAGAGAUUAUUACCAUUACACCCGUGAUGAAAUAUCUCCAUUGUGGCAUGAGGGAUUGAAAUUUUUGUUUGUGACUGAUGGAACGCUUCGGGUUCACUAUUAUUCCCCAUCUUUUGAUGGUGUGGUGGUUGGAACAGAGGAUGUGCUUAUAACACCAUUCACUUGUGAUAGAACCGGAUCUGGUGAUGCUAUUGUGGCUGGUAUUAUGAGAAAGCUGACGACCUUCCCUGAGAUGUAUGAGAAUCAAGAUACUUUGGAGAGGCAGCUUCGGUUUGCCAUUGCCGCAGGAAUCAUAUCACAAUGGACGAUUGGUGGAGUGAGAGGUUUUCCUACUGAAAGUGCUGCACAGAAUCUGAAAGAACAGGUUUAUGUACCUUCUAUGUGGUAGCAAGUGUACAUCAGAAUGAGCAGACCAACACUGCAUUUUAAUUUUGGUCAUGAGAAAAUGGAAAUGGAUUGUAGUAUGUUCACUCCACAACCUAGUCAAGACCAUUUCUUUGAUGGACAUCUUCAUGUUCUUGCAUUAUUUGUCCUUUUUUUUUUCUAAAAAAAGAAACAAUCGUUAAGAAGGGAAGGUGUUUGCUAGCCAAUAACAUGUGGAACAUAAUUCUUGUUAUUAUCUGUAUCAGAAAGUAGAUUCAAAUUCA